AUGAGCACCCAAGACGCCAGCAAGACAUCAUCCCCGCUUUUUCUGGGACUUGAUCUCUCGACACAGCAGCUCAAAGUCAUUGCACUUCAGUGCGCAAUUAAUCAGGAUGGACAUUCGACUACGCUCGAGACGCAUUCAACUUUUGCCGUACAGUUCGACGCCGACUUGGCGCACUACCAUACCCAGGGCGGCGUCACCGUAGAGGAUGACACAAGGGACAGGGGCGUCGUAACAGCGCCUGUCCUGAUGUGGGUCGAGGCUCUGGAAUUGGUCCUGGAUAGGAUGAAGCAGGCCGCGUUUCCGUUCGAGCGCGUACACGCCAUUUCUGGAGCCGCUCAGCAACACGGCAGUGUGUAUUGGUCCCAUCAAAGUCAAGAAGCCUUCCGGAUCAUGCAAUCCUCCGCAAGUACGAGCAACGAGACCCAUUCGUUAUCUUUAGUCGAGAUCUUUCAGGACGCUUUCACGGUCGGUCAGUCGCCCAUCUGGCAGGACACUAGCACGACGGCGCAGUGCCAGGAAAUCGAGGAGUUCUUGGGGAGCCUUGACUCUGAAUCGGGAUCUGAAAGGACGUCGAUCAGGUUGCGUGGACAGCAACGCUUGGCGGAUUUAACGGGGUCACUCGCCUAUGAGCGGUACACCGGCAGCCAGAUCCUGAAGAUUGUGCAAACGAAGCCGGAAGUUUACAGGGCCACGGAAAGGAUUUCGCUCGUGAGCUCGUUCUUGGCGUCGUUGCUGAUGGCACAGUAUGCUCUGAUCGAUGUCGCGGAUGGCUCGGGGAUGAAUUUGUUGGAUAUCGACACCAAGGCCUGGGAUUCACGGCUGACAGAGUUCAUUAGCCGAGGUGGAGAUACGUUGUCGACCAAACUUGGGGACGUUGAUGUCUCGGGCAAGAAGGCGCAAGGCGUGCUCAGCAAGUGGUUCGUGCAAAGAUAUGGAUUCCGUUCAGACGUAAACAUCGUAUCUUUUACUGGAGACAAUCCUGCGACGGUGAUGGCGAUGCAUGCCGAGCAAGGUGAUGCGAUCGUCAGUCUCGGCACCAGCGACACGCUACUCUUAUACACCAACAAGCACCGAUCAAAUACAGAGGUUACAGAGGAGAACGAAACCAACCAGUCCAAUGCCCGACUCUCGAUCGGAUAUCUAUGCCACCCUGUUGAUCCCAGCGGGUAUCUGAUGAUGUACUGCGCCAAGAACGGAUCUCUAGCACGAGAGAAAAUCAGGGAUCAGUAUGCGGAUGGAGACUGGGAUCAGUUCAAUCGAUACUUGAAAGACGCCGCCACAUCGGAUCAUGGCACAAAGUCUAGGAUCGGAUUCUAUUUUUUCGACCGCGAGAUCUGGCCUCCAGUCCAGGGCAUGUACCGGUUUGAGGACGGAAUCGCUGUAAACGAGUUCGAGGACGAGAAUGAUGGAGAUACGAAGCAGUGGGUAAAUGUGCUUGCAAUUUGUGAAUCACAAUUCCUGGCGAUAAGGAUUCGCUCAAGUCAAGGAGAUUCAUUAUCAGCAUCGAUUUUGGCGACUGGAGGUGCAUCUUCGAACAGGGCUAUUCUUCAGCUGCUCUCGAACGUCUUUGGGGUGCCCGUGGUGAGCAAGACCCAGAACGAGCAGAAGGGAGCAGGAUCUGCGGCGUGGGGUGCUGCCAGGAAGGCGUUCCUGUUUGGCCGUCAUGAUGAUCGUGAUCCUAGUGUUCAGUACCACCAGGAAGAGGAGGAGGAGAAGGUGGAUUCGAAUAUGGACGUUGACGAUAAAGGCGCAGGCGGAAAGUCUGGGGAGAGUGCGACGGUAUGGCCGGAUUUGGAACAGACGAGGAAGUACGUGGAGAUGAUACCGGAGUUCGUGCGUCUGGAAAGGAUACUCCUUCAGAAGGCGGACUAG